AUGGAUGCUCGGUUUCUCCUCCUCUUGUCGGCGGUGUUGUUCUCUGAGAUUUGCAGUUUUACUGCUGAGUCUCGGGCAUUGAGUGCUUCUAUAGGGGAACCUCCGUCUCCCCAUCCCACUCCGGAUCAAGGCUGGGUAGGAACUGGAGUGGCAGAAGCUCCAACCAUAACGGCCACUAGAAGGGUUCAGAGCCAUCAUCAUGUAUUGGGAUCGACUGGAGGUGAUGUAAUCUUGGGAGGAUUUGUGAUGGCUUUUGUUGCUGCCAUUCUUUGCUACAUCCGGGUCACCAGAAAAAACAGAGAAUCUCAAUCUUGA